AUGCGCCAAGACCUAGCCGAAAUGGAAACCAAACUCAUCCCAGCAUUAGGCCCCAUUUCAGAGAAAAUCGAAGAAUUCUACCCCAGCAUCCAACUUCCACAUGGACACGAAGCGAAGCUGAAGAUCUGGCGGUCCACAAAGCUUUCUUCCGAAGCACCACUCAUCGUCUUUUUCCACGGCGGAGGGUAUUUUUCCGGGAGCUUGGAGACUAGAAUAGUCAUAUCGGCCGCAUAUCGACUCAGUCCGGAGCAUGAAUUUCCCAAAAUCGCAUGCCGAAGCGGAAUUCGGCGGCAAUCUCAAUGCCGGAUUCGUUGUUGGGGGGGUUUUCUGCAAGCAGGCGGCACUGUGGCAUCCGUGACGGCACAACAACUGAACUCCAAUUUGAAGCACAAAAUUACAGGCCACUUCAUCGCCAUCCCGUGGCUUUUCACCGAGGAAAUCGUGCUGGAGAAGUAUCAGCAGCUUUGGAAGUCAGGAGAGAAGAAAGAUGGAGAGGUUGCAUCCCAGCGACAAGCCAAAGAGACAUUAAAGAGGCUGGAGCAUGUUCUCAAGCUGAAUGUCCAUGAUCCGAGAACUGAAGAACAAGUCGAUGGCUGGUAUGGCGUGGUUGCUGGAGACUGGCAGACCAAGUUCGGGACACUCUUCGCCCAGGCGCUAUUCCGUGGAGGACUUCGAGAUCGUGCUCUUGCGAUAUGCCUUUCGAGGGAAUCGGCAGAGGGUAUUCAUAAAGGCAACAAUUUUCUCUGGGAUCAUCAUUCGCUGCUCUUGAAUCUCGGACGGGGAACAAUGGUGGUUCGAACACGGCGUCAACUUGAUGGCGAUGAAGAAUGGAGUUGUUGGAGGCAAAGCUGGAUGGCCACCACAACAUCGACCCCCGAAUUGACAAAAAGCCGUAAAUUAGAGGGCAGCAUCUUCGAGGAAAUUCGCAAAUGUGCCAAAGAUCUGGAAACACCCCCAAGCAUUGCAAUCCCCUUGGCAGGAAGAUCUCAGGCUUCUAGAAUUCUGCUCCUCGUACCAUCUACCAGCUUUCAUAUCAAAAGCAUAGAGCCGAACGUAGAGCCUUUUCAGUCUCACCUCAUGCACACGCAUCUCGAUUCGAAGAUCUCACUUGAUCACAAGUCCAAUCGCAUUUGCCACUACAAGCACAGAACCCACACACGCGACAGAAGCGAACCCACAAAACGAAGCAAAAACAUGAUGCAAAUUCAUAGCCUCGCCCGCAAAGGCAAAGGCAAAGGUGGGUAUCUCUCUCAUAACUCAUACCACCCAUAAAACAUACCACUCGUUGAUGCAAGCGCUUCGUCCCAAAACAUUACUUCGAGCGCUGCUUGACCAAAAUCUCUCUCCGAUCCUUAUAAAACCUCUCCAAACAAUCCCUCCUCUCCUCCUGACUCCAGCCCUCGACCACCAAAGCAAACUCCGAAACUUUGCCCUCAUAUCCAUACAUCUUGGCCAUGGUGCAGAAUUGACGCAUUCGGACGUCUUCUGGAGGGCGGUAUUUGUACCGAAUCUUGCCUAAACCAUCGUCCAAAUCAAUCGCGUCGUCGUCAUCGUCGUCCUGUGGGUAUACGAACCCAGCUUCUUGGGAGUCUUGGGUAGCUUUGGCAAAGGCGCGUUCGUCGAUGUAGUCAAGGUCGUUGCCGGCUUUCUGUGCUCGCGACGAAAUCUUGGCUUCCCAUUUCGACGUGCCGAUGACUUCUGCGUUCUCAUGUGUGUAUUCUACGCCAGCUGAUGCCAAAAUGGCUUUGACGGCGUCUUUCUUGGCGUUGUCUUGCUGCAGUUUGCGCUUGCGGCUGGGUUCGUCCAGGAUUUCUGCUGCGAGGUCGCUGAUUCCUGCUUCAGUCGACUCUCUCUGCGCACGUCCAAUUGCUUCAAAUUCAUCCUCAUCU